GGGGACGAAAAACCCUUCAUUUAUUCUUCUACAAGUUUUCACAUACCAUAUAUACAAAGUAUGACUAAACUUGCGAUCAAAGCAAUCCUAUUUUUUUAUUCUUUAAUAUUUUCCCUGUGCAACCAACCCUGUCUCUAAUUGUUAAUCUCAUUCUCUAUUUAGAUUUUUUAGCAUCUCUUUCUCACUUUCUCGUUAAGUGCAAAGCACAGGUUAUUGGGAAGGACUGCAAUAUUAUUCACUUCUCAUGCAAAAGUGAGAGAGAAUUUAAUACUUUUCCACUACACCUUAACAAGUAGUGGCAUGAAGGUAGCAAGCUUUAGAAGAGACAAGUUUCCCUUUUGUCCCUUUUAUUAAUUAUUACUACUUUAAAUCCCUCUCUUAACUCAAACGUUUCCCUCCCUCUUUCUCUCUCUUGUCUAUCCCUCUAUCUCUUUUAGUUUGGGUUCCAUUUCACCAUUUGUUUUAUAGCAGCAGAAGAGGGAAACAAAGGAAAAGAGGGUCUCCAUAAAUGAAAUGAGUGAGGGAGAGAACAGAAAAUUACAAGGAAAUGACUCAGUGCAGUGACUCUGAAAACAAUCAUCAUAACAUCAUAGUGGAGGGACGAAAAGAUAGCUUAAUCAGAACUUGUCCUACUUGUGGUCACCAUAUCAAAUGCCAAGAACAGGGUGGUGGAAUUCAUGACUUGCCUGGACUGCCUGCUGGAGUGAAGUUUGAUCCCACGGAUCAAGAGAUUCUUGAACAUUUAGAAGCGAAGGUGCGAUCUGAUAUUCAUAAGCUUCAUCCCCUAAUUGAUGAGUUCAUUCCAACUCUUGAAGGCGAAAAUGGAAUCUGCUAUACUCAUCCAGAGAAGUUGCCAGGAGUUAGCAAAGAUGGCCUGAUCCGGCAUUUCUUUCACAGGCCUUCCAAGGCAUACACAACAGGAACAAGGAAAAGGAGAAAGGUGCACUCAGAUGAAGAUGGAAGUGAGACACGUUGGCACAAAACUGGUAAAACCAGGCCAGUCUACAACAUUGCCAAGUUGAAAGGUUACAAGAAAAUCCUUGUGCUUUACACAAACUAUGGAAAGCAAAGAAAGCCAGAGAAAACAAAUUGGGUCAUGCACCAAUACCACCUUGGCAGUGAUGAAGAGGAGAAAGAAGGGGAGCUAGUGGUCUCCAAGGUUUUCUACCAAACACAACCUAGACAAUGUGGUUCCCUCAUGAAAGAUUCAUCAGUUCCUCCUGGGAAACAUAUGAAGGGUCAAAGUGUGCAUGUUGAGGUAAUGAAUAAUAACAAAAACAGCAACAAUAAUGGGUAUGUUGAGUACUACCAUUCUUCAAAUUUCAUAUCUUUUGAUCAAGGAGGGCAAAAUGCUCAAGUAAUUUCUCAUUUUCCUGUCCAUGAAGGUGCUCCUUUCAUUCCUUGAAUGAAGUGGUGGAGAGUUAUAAGGUGAAAGGUUAUGGAGAAAAUAUAUUAAAUAUAUACACAUAGAAUAUUCAUAAUAUUGAGGCAUUACAAUUAUAUAUUAUGCAAAAAUAAAAUAAGUUAAUAACCUACUGUCGUUAGGAUGGGGAAAGGUGGGCAAGAAUAAGGAGAGAAAUUGCUUUAUUUGAAAAUUAAUGCAUAGAGAUAUGAUACUCGAUUAAGGAAGAAAGAGAUCGGGAGGUAAAGAAGAAGAUUUAGGUAUGUAACACUUUUCUUCCUUUGUUCCCUCUCUUUAUAUUUUUUUGAUGGUACGCACUUAGUUUCUACAUAUCAUGCUUUGUACAGUAGUGUCAAAGGCAUCAUGCCCUUGCUUGUGUAAUUAAAGACUAACCAUCAACCUGUACAAACAUGACUUUUACCUUAAGAAGUCUUGAUCGAACUACAGAAUAUUUUUGUUUUCCUUGUUCCCUGAAGUUUUAAUUUAUUGUAAACGUGAUUAUGUUUAAUUAUUGUCUUUAUAACAUAAAUAAAUGUGUUGUCGCUGAUUUUGGAA